AAAAAAAAAAAGCAAGCCAUAACUCUCUCUCAUCUCUGCAUUUGCUUUAAAUUUGGUCGUGCAUGAGCCAAAGUGGAGGAGAGCUAGGAUCAGAAGAGAUGGGAAGUUCUUAUGAGGUUGCAGGAAAUGCUAAGGAUGUUUCACUUGAAGAACUCAGAGAUAGGCUUGCUGAGUUUGCUCAAGUAAGAGGAUGGGAUCAAUAUCACAGUCCAAGGAACCUCCUUCUAGCCCUGGUGGGAGAGGUUGGAGAAUUGUCUGAAAUUUUCCAAUGGAAGGGAGAAGUUGCAAGAGGACUGCCUAAUUGGACUUGUGAUGAGAAAGAGCAUUUGGAAGAGGAGCUCUCUGAUGUCUUGCUUUAUCUGAUUCAACUUGCUGAUGUUUGUGGACUUGAUCUUGGACAAGCUGCACUCUCCAAAAUUGUCAAGAAUGCUAGGAAAUACCCUGUUACCAAUCAAACACCAAAUUCCACCAACUAGCUGUCAGCAAACAGCCUUAAAUUUUCCUUGUGUUUUUAUGUGUCUUGUUGUAAGUCUUGCUACAGCUUUAUCCUAGUGCUGCUGAUCAUGUCAACUAUGAGCAAAGUUUUGUUCAGAGAAACAUCUAUUUUCCAAUGCUUAUAAAUAAUAUCAUCUUUUGCUGUUGUUGAUAA